UACAGAACUCGUUACAAGUUUGAGUGGAUGAGGAACUGGUCCUCAGUGGUUCUGCUUAUGACCUGCUGUAACCGGUGAACAACACCGGCCAGGGAACCCUUCACUUUUUUGAAAUGGGUCAAAGACCAAAAGGAUAUAAAGUGUGGUGGUUUUCACUUUUCAGGAGGUUUUUGAUGACCAGACAAUCUUAAAAGUUUUUGAGCUUACAGGGAUUGAAGGCUGCAUGUUUUAGGAUCAGACUACCUGUCAUGGAGUAAAAUCGAGGUAUCUUAAAUGUCCCGUUAAAUGUUCAAGCUAGCUGGUUAGUUUAAUUUAAUGACCACUUUUUGUAAUGAAUGUCUGAGAUAUGGUAUUCCAAAGAAGGUUGGACUAUGGUUUUGAUGGCUACCAGGUUCCUGUGGUUCCUCGAGCAUCUAGAUCAGCUAGGGGGAGGGGACCGAUCAGGAAGAAAAGUGAGAAUAAUCAGAAACAUGCAUUUGAAAUUCUGGCUAGUGUAGCUGGAGAAAUCUUGCAGGAGGAGGAAACUUCUGCUCCAACUAAUACUGCUUGCGGUAAAGAUCUUUGUAAUGUUAAAAAUACCAUUCAACAGGAGCAAGUUGAUAGAGGGAAGUUUCUUAUAAUAGAACCUUUGCUGGGAGAACCUUGUAAUGAGAAAGCCUUUGCUUGCAUUCCUGAGUUGCAAGGCCACUGGCAUGGCAAUGCAUUGAAUAAAUUCUUGCAUAACCAGGAAAGUUUCAACUCUCAGGGAAGCUUUGCUUCAGAGCGUUUUGAUUAUCCAGAAACAAUAUAUGUUGCUGAAAAGUUGGUUGUUGUCAAUAGCAAAAAUGCUGGUGGAAGCUCUUCUUGUGAAAUGAAUGGAGAAUCCUCUCAUGCAAGGAAAAUUUUUAAAGGCAAGGUAGAAGGUUUAACUGAGAGAAAGCCAGAAGCUGAAUUAGUAAAAAGUAGCAGUAUUGAAAGUGGAACUCUCCUUGUCAAAGAUGGCUCAGAAGAUGCAAUGGAUCUUGACGCAGGUUCUAUUGGACAUGCUAGUGUAGAAAGCAAUGUAAAGGCAUCUUUAUUCAAGGAUUGCAUAGGCCUUUGUCCUUUUUCCAGGCCUUGCGCUGAUGUAGAAGUAGUGAGUAGAGAUGAUGACGGAAACUCUUCUGGGUGCUCUCAGUACGGCGCCAUGCCAAAGACUUCUAGGCCACUGUCAUAUACUGAAACUCGAAGAAUGAGUAAUCUAACUGCUUCCAGACACUGGCGAGCUGCUCCAAUUUCGAAGAGUGGUGGCUACUUCAGAACUGACUGGACAACAAAACCACCUUUUCGCAAUGGAAGAACCAGCUAUAGCUGUCAAAGAUCUCAGAAGAUUUUUCCUUUCAAGAAAAGGAAAUUCUUUGAUCAAAGUACAUUACCUACAUCUGAUGGAGCAUUUCAUUGUGAAGACAUUUUUAAUUCUUCUAAUAAGAGGACCAAUGGCAAUGAUAUGGUCUCAGCAACUGAAGCAUCAUCCUCAGUAACAGGCCAACAUGCAUCUCUGGAUUCAAGAGACUGUAAUGUGAAGCUAAGUAUUAAAUCAUUUAAGGUUCCGGAACUCUUUAUUGAGAUCCCUGCAACAGCAACUGUUGGCUCAUUAAAGAGGACAGUCAUGGAAGCAAUAACUUCUAUACUUGGAGAUGGACUACAUGUUGGUAUCCUUCUCCAAGGAAAGAAGGUUAGAGAUGACAACAAAACCUUGCUCCAGACUGGAAUCUCUGAAGAUGAUAAGCAUAGUAAUUUGGGUUUCAUGUUGGAGUCCAGACAUGCAAAAAUGAUGUCACCUCCCCACACUAAAAACCCUUCAAAUUUACCUUUCAGUGCACCUGGUGGGAUAACUAGGCAUACAACUUCUUUAAUGCUACAGGAAGGGACUUCCCAUGCUUCCUCAGUUCCUGCAGAGACUAAUUUUAGCAGCUCUGUUGGAAGUGAUCUCGGUGCAGUUUGCUCUCUUGCCAAGGCUUCGACUGCUGAUAAGAUGUCAGAUUCACGAGCUCUGGUUCCAGUUCCUGCAAUUGGCCGGGGUGCGUUAUCUGUAGUUCCCUUUAACUGCAAAUCUAUGCAUCCUGAGUUUGGACAGCGCCGGAUCAGGAGGCCAUUUACAGUUUCAGAAGUAGAAGCCUUAGUUCAAGCAGUUGAGAGACUUGGAACUGGAAGGUGGCGUGAUGUUAAAUUGCAUGCUUUUGACAAAGCAAACCAUCGAACUUAUGUUGAUUUGAAGGAUAAGUGGAAGACAUUGGUGCACACAGCAAGAAUCUCCCCUCAGCAAAGGAGGGGAGAACCGGUGCCGCAGGAGGUUCUAGACAGGGUCCUAGCUGCCCAUGCCUACUGGUCAUAUCGGAGGCAACUGGUCAAAGCUGAAGUUUGAUGCUUUACCUUGUUUCCUGAAGAACACCAGUAAGACUUAGAUAGGACAAAUUUGGUUAGAAAGAGAGUUGUUGUGGUGGUGGUUCUAAUGCUGUACAGAUUAAUGAUAGAAAGUAAAUCUGAUGUAAAUUAAGUCAAUUCGACACUGAUCUGUAACUGGGUUGCAUUGGCUUGCAAGGAGCUUGGUGAUUUGUACAUGGCUGUUUCCAUAGGAUAGAAGGCGUCGUGCUUGGGGGCAAUGUUUUAACAAUAUGAUUAGCUGAAAUAUGCAAUCCAUGUAAAGAUAAUCGCAUCGUAUGAUAGAUUAUCAAAAUGUGACCUUGUGGGCUCUGUAUGAUAAUGUUGCUGGGCAUUUCGGCUUGUGGUUCA